ACAGUGGCUUUGAGGUGGGGCUGCUUCAGCAGGUCAAAGACCUGGAGAUGGAGGGGGUCACAGCAGCAGAGGCUGGGGAUCUACCCACAGCCCUGGAACGGUUCAGCCAGGCCAUAGACACACUGCCGCAGAGAGCCUCUGGCUACAACAACAGGGCCCAGACCAGACGACUCCAGGAGGACACAGAAGGAGCCCUAGAGGACCUGGAGCGUGCCAUCGCUCUGAGUGGGGGUGUAGGGCGUACAGCGUGUCAGGCUCUGGUCCAGAGAGGCCUGCUGCUGAGGCUGGCCUGCCAGGAUGAUAAGGCCCGGGAGGACUUCGAGAGGGCAGCCGUCCUGGGCAGUGAGUUCGCCCGGCAACAGGUAGUGGUUCUGAACCCGUACGCUGCUCUCUGCAACCGCAUGCUGACGGAGGUCAUCAACAAGCUACGCAACCCGGAGGUGUCAGAGACACAGUAGUCAAAGGACAGGGCUUACCACCCCAACACUGGCAAACCAAAUACAUUUGUAUCACUUGUGCAUGCAUUAAAUGUUGUCUUGAGAAAUUAAUUAAUAAACGUUUACGUUUUAUUGAAGGUGAAA